AUACAGCAGGUUAAGCAGAGCUAAAAAUAUUUAAAUAUGAAAGUAAAAAAGGAAGAAAAAAAGAUUAGAGGAAGCUUAGAAAGAUCUUCAAAGAUCAAAAAAAGAAAAGAUAAAAAUCAUAUUCAAAAAGUGGAUCUUAAAUCCAGUAAACCCACAUUUUCUAAACUACAAGUAUUAAACAGCUUAAAAAAUGAGAAAUCUGAAAAUGGUGAGAAAUUAAAACGUGAGAAUGAUAAGAAAAUGUUUGGAAAAAGUUAUCAAAAAUCUAAAUUCAAUUCAGAGGAAAAAACGAAUUGGCCUCAAUUUAAAAAAGAAAAAAAGAUACUAAAAAUUAAACGUAAGGAAGGAAAGUAUAAAGAUUUAUCUACUUUAAUUAAGGAAGUAAAAGUUAUAUAUGAAAAACUGAAAUGCAGAAACACACCAAAUAAAGAUGAAUUAUCAGAAAAAUUAUUCGAUUUACUUUUGAAAGCCAAUUGCAUGCAAAAAUUUGUAUUAGCUCAUGAUACAUCAAGAAUAAUACAAUGUUUAUUCAGAUAUGCACCACAAAAAAUCAGAAAUAUAAUAUGCUCAGAAUUAUUACCCAUAACUGUAAGUAUGAUGCAAUCACGUUAUGCACACUUUUGUAUAACUACAAUGCUUAAAUACGCUAGCGAAGAUGCAAUAUCUCAACUGAUUGAAAGUUUAUAUGGAUCUGUUAUCAAACUUUGUUCACAUAAUAUUGCUGGUAAAAUAAUGGACACUAUUUAUUUUGAAAAAGCAUCAAAGAAUCAGAAAAUUUGUUUAAGACAGGAAUUUUACUCUGAUUUGCUUGUAAAAAUGAAAGAUUUGAAUGUUCAAAAACUUAAUGAUGCGUAUAAUAUAGUACAGAACUCGAAAGAGUUUAUUUUGGAAAAUGUGAAGAAUAAACUAACACAUUUAGUGAAUAAAAACGCAAUGGAUAAUUCGUUGGUACAUGAAAUUCUUCUGGAAUACAUAGAAGAAUGUCGUGAAGGCAAAAGUAAAGAGAACUGUGACGAGUUUAUAAAAAUUUGUAUUCCUGUAAUACCACAUUUAGUAACCACAAAAAAUGGGGCAAAAUCCGCAAUUUAUAUAUUUUGGUAUAGUCCAACAAAAGAACGCCGGGCUAUAUUAAAAAUUUUGAAGGAUCAUUUAUUAAAAAUUUGUACUCACGAACAUGGACAUCAAUUAAUUUUGGCAAUUGUCAAUGGAUUGGAUGACACUAAGGCUGUGAAAAAGUUAAUAAUUGAUCCUUUGAUGGAAAGUUUCCAUGAAAUACUUACAAAUCAGUACGGAAGAAAAGUAUUACAUUGGCUUAUUUCUCCAGCAGAUAAAGAAAUUUUCCACCCAAAUUUUAUAAACUUUUUAGAUAACGGACUAAUCUAUAGUAAAAAAGACAAAAAAAUGAGAAGAAACGAAAUAUUUGAGCAAAUAGAGCAGUUAAUAUUAGAAAAAAUUAAAGAAAACCCCAGAAUUUGCAUUUCAAAUAGCAGCAUCGGCUUACUUGUAAGUGCAUUUUUAAAAGAAAUUUCAGGUGAUAAAAGUCGGGAAAUAUUUCAAUUAAUAUCAAUGGAAAUAUCUUCACCAACCUGGAAAGUUGAAAAUUGCGUCGAAGAAUUAGCAAUUGAGGAUACUGGGAUGCAUCAUGUACUGAAAAAAAUUCUAAAGCAAGAUAUUACAAGAAAAGAAAAAGGGGAAGCAACUUUGGCUGAAGAAUUAUUAAAAAAUCUUUCUGACAAUACAAUUGGGUUGUGGAUUGCUAAAAACCGGGGCUGUUUUGUAUUGAUUUUAUUGUUUGAAGCAUUAGAUAAAGAAAAGCAAGAAUAUUUCAAAAAAAAUUUUAAAUUACACACGAAUACUUUGGAAAAGUCUCCACAUACUGGAGCUAAAAUAUUAUUGCAAAAAAUAAAAAGUUAAUUCCAUUAAUUUAUUAUUUAAUAUCUUUAUUUAAUUCAAAAUUGAUAAGCACUGACUUUUUUACGUUUUGAUUAAAAUAAAUGUUAUC